UAUUUUUUUUUAGUUGUAUCCACGAUUAAAGAUAUCGUGGUUGUAUCUCUUUUCUAUGGUUGUUUUCUAUGGAUCAUCGUAUAUGAUCUAAGGUUGUAGUAUUGUUCUAUGGUUGUAGUUGUUCUGUGGUUAUUAAAAGUUAAAAAUUAAAAUGUAUUCUUAUCACUAAAAUUUGAUUAAACAUAAAACAAGAUUACUAAAGAACACAAUAUUCAUUUAAAUAUAAAUUUAAAAUGGUUUAGUUUGUUUUUUUUUGCUAAAGAGUGAUGAACGACUUGAACAAAGACGUUAAAGUUUUAUCAAAAAUUCAAAAUCAAAUUAUAUCAUUCACUUUUUAAGUAAAAUUAUUUAGACCGUGUAAAUGAGAUUUUUUAAUGCUACUUUAUUUCCUACAAAAAUAAUAAAAAUUAUGCCUAAAAAAAACACAAAACAGGUUCAAGGAAAAUUAGAGACUGUUCAGACUGGACCUAUAACAGUGGACAAAUCGGGUGAUGUUGUUAUUAAAAUAAACGCAAAACCUGGUGCCAAAAAUAAUAACAUUACAGAUAUAAGUUCUGAUGGCAUUGGUGUUCAGAUAAAUGCACCCCCGACUGAUGGCGAAGCUAAUGCAGAAUUAAUAAAAUAUCUUUCGAAGGUAUUGGGUUUGAGAAAAAGCGAUUUAAGUUUAGAUAGAGGUUCAAGAUCGAGAAAUAAAAUUUUAAUUGUACACAAUACUUCAUUAGGCAUAGAAGGGAUCACUGAAAAAAUUAAGGAAGAAAUUAACGAUAAAUAAUAAAUUAUGAUUAACUGUAAAUGGAUGUUAAAAUAAGUAAGUAUUAAUAUAUAAUUGAAAAGGGACGAGGUGGCAGACUGGUAUAAAUGUAUUAUUAUCACAAUUAUGUAUAACAUUUAUAUUGAAUGUCUAAUGGACCAAAAUUUUUAUAUGGAAUGCAAUCAUUUGCGUUGUUGUUAUCUGUCUUAAUUGAAACCAACCAGAACAACAUACAUAAUGGACCAAAUUGUUUUCAAAUGUACCCGCAACAUAAAUAAGUAUACAAUAUUUCAUCUCAGUUAUCCCACAAAUUAUAGUAUCAAUUAUUAAAUUACUUAAAAUGUAAUAUUGUAUUAUUAUAGAAAUUAUAAUUUAAUAUAAUACUUCCUAGUCAAGUGCCACUAAUGGGUGCCUUCUUAUUCCUAUUUGCAUAUACUUUUGUUCUGUCACUACAUACACUGAUUGUGCUAAAUAGUAAAGAUUGUGCAUAUCUUAAUAAAAAUAAUAAUAAAAUAAUAUAUAUAAUAUUUAUAUUUAUUUUUUUUUUUUUGGUCUAGCUAUAAAUUAAUAUUAUUUUCAUGUAAUAUAUUACUAUAUUCGUUUAAUUUAAUUAUUCUUGGCAAUUGUAUAGUUUAGAUGAGUGGCAGUCAUGCGGAGAUGAUGAAUGUCUUGAUGUUACAAUUAUGUACCUAUUGUUUUUUGUUGUGUGGCCAUGUAUUGGAGCAAUAAAAAUGCAUCAAUUUUCUAA